GUAAAAGAUAAAUUCCCUCACAAAAGAACGUACCUUUUCAUUUUCUUAAGGAAGUAGAGCUAAUUAAAUGACAUAAGCAAGACUUGAAAGUGAUUCCAGUUUCACUUGAUGGCCAACCUGUUGAAACUGUGGCAAAUUUUCAACUUUGCUGAAAACACUGACUAUAUUUUUAAGAACUGUUCUCGGAGUCUUUUAAGAAGACCCAGUGAUUUUGGGGUUACCCAACUUGAGGUUGUUGAGUUAAAAUGUUAAAACUUAACAUUCUAACUUGAGUUUUAACUCAACUCAAGUUAAAACAACAUUUUAACUCAAGUUUUAUCUUUUCAUCUCCUUGUUUGGUUUGGUCACAUGAGCUGCAGACUAGCAGACAAUCUAUAAUACUUUGAAUGGCAGGUAUAACAGCAGGUAAAUGGUGGUGAAACCAAAACCAUCUCUGUCUCAACUAGAUCAUCCAUCCUCUUUAUGAGAUCAUGAAGGUGUUACUGUGAUCCUCUGGCAAUAGGAACAUUUAUUAGUCAUUUAUUGAUGGUGCAAUAAUUAUUCUUAACCAAAUUAAAUAAUAUUUACCACAUCUCAUUGUCCACCGUCUCACUGGUUUCAGCAGUGCUGAUCAAGAGGUGGUUCUGAUGUUCUGGGUUUGCUGUCUGUCUGAGCCAGUCACUAAUAGGGGACAGACACUGGACGAGGACAGCCAGCCUGUCCAACUGCUGAGGUCUAAACAGAGACACAGUUGGACGUCCUCAGCAUGAAUGUGACAGGAGGACUGAUGGCAGCUAGAAAAGGAAACCAGUGGGGUCAGAACGCAGCCUGGAGGAACCCCACCUAAAGGGGGCGGGGUCCAGGGAGAGUGUCAGACACAGGAAGUGAUGUCAGGUGUGAGAGAAGCUGAGACAGGGACAGGAAGUAGCUGAUCUGCGGUGACAGGAAGUGAACCGAGAUGGAGGCGAAGAUGUUGCCGCUGCUGCUGCUCGCCACUCUGGGUCCGGGUCCAGCAGCCAGCAGCCAUCAUGGCCACCCCAUGCCAGGCUCUCCGUAUGACAUCAGCAAGAACUCUGCCGCCGUUCAGCAGGCCGUCCUCGGCGCCGCCCACUCCUUCAACAGCCAAUCAAAUGACGCCUUCCUGUUCAAACCAUCGGCCGUCCUCAGAGCGCAGCAACAGGUGGUCAGAGGGAUCCGGUACAUCGUGGACUUCCAGAUCUCCAGGACGGUUUGUCCCAAACGAAACCGGACUUCGGACCUGGACCGGUGCCGCCUCCAGCCUCCGGGCCGCCUGGCCCAGACCUUUCGGUGUCACCUGGAGCUGUGGCUGAUCCCCUGGAAGCCUGGGCGGGAAACCCUGGAGCUGCUGUGCAGAUCACACCAACAGGGACCGGUUCUGAUCCAGAACCAUGUCUGAUCCAGAACCGGUUCUGAUCAGGAUCUGGUUCUGUUUGUUUAAAUGAUGAGUGAAUAAAGAGUUGCAGCAGAUCCA